CCCUUCAAAACGGCAUGGAUCGUUUUUAUAAAAACAAAAACUGAAGUCUGGGCCUUCUUCCUACAAUGUUUCAAACAGACACGUUAUUGUACUUACAAUAGAAUAUGGCCAAAUGACCCUUGUGUCGCCUGGCUUGUUCAGACAAUGCGCUUUUGUUAACAGUUUGUGUCGCCAUGGCGGCAGGGAUUAACAAAACUCUCUCUGGGAAGGGGCAAGAACCCUUGAGAGCUCAACUCCACUGGCGGAUGCAUUUGAACCGACGCCGGUUGGAGUAGAGAAAGAUGUUUACUGCUGAAAAUCUUGAAAUUGGAUGCCAGUAUCAAGGCAUGGAUGAAGCGGAAUCGCGGGAGGUUGUUGGUAUGCUGAGGGAUAUCGCGGGUUUCCGCGGCAACCGUGCAAUAGAGAUACAAGACAACCAUGCAUUUUGGAAGCGAGUUCUCACGGCAUACGGCAACGAUGCAAUGAAAAGAUUCCAACUACUGGAAGAAAGUCAACAGCAAGCAAGAUUAAAAAGAAUAAGAAGUGCGCCAGUUUUAGGGAAGAGGGAAGAUGAUCAACCGAACAGACAAAGGGAUGAAAAAUUAUUGCCAAAAAGAUGCCAAAGUGCUCAAGAUCGGAGUUAUCCAGAAAUGAAUUUACCAAACAGCAACCGCGCGGCAAAGCUCCGCUCGGACUACAUAUCGCAUUUGCAUUCACUAAAUAAAUACAGUGCACUGACGCGGAUGGCGGAUUAUCAAGAGAAGAUGCGGGCAAACAGGCCUAGCCAUAGUGCAAGGUACCCGAGAUUCGUUCAGAAAGAAAAAACAGACAAUGACCCAGAAUGGGGGGAAGAUGAAUACGAUGUGUAUAUUUUCCACAACAAAAGAGACAGCGAAUGGGUUUCGUCAUGGCUGAAGGGCCCAUUGCAAGCCAAGAGGUACAAUGUCAAAAUGAGAGCAACAUCGAAAGACAUUGCAAGGCCAUCGACAGGUAAAAAAGUGAUGCAUCGAAUAAUUAUUGUCUUAACUCCAGAAUUCAUCAGAAGGGAUAUUCAUCAGUUAGAGAAUGUUGGGGUGCAAACACACGUCCUUUUACUCAAACUGAAGCAAUGCCAACUUCCGGAAGGACUCUUUUUCUCAAGCUACGUUGACCUCAGCUUUAGAGAUCGGACCGACCUUACGCUGCAAAGUAAGCUGCUGGCAAAGUUAAUCGCUACCUUACAGCUUCCUAGGCCAAUCUGCUCGUGAAUAAGCUCACAUAUUCUACAGCAAGGUGAACUUUUGCUGGCCGUUCCAGCGACAAGGCAGGCCAUUCUUCUCUUCCGGAUGAAAUUAGCAGCAAAAAUAGAAGUGAUCGAUUCCAUAUGUCUUUCAUUUAUCUGUUUGCUAGAGUCGAGGAUGGAAACUUGUCCUGAGUUUGUUUGCGUAUAAGUAUAAGUUGAUGCUUCUCUAGAUAUCUUAUCAACUGUAUUGUUUUUGUCACUAACUAGGAAACUAGAUAUAUCUGCCUAAAUGAAGUUUUAUUCAUUAAAUUUGAUAACAACUCGUUAAUUGAGACCCCUAUCUCGUUAGUUUACUCACUUUGAGAGCUCCUUCUUCAGAAUUCUAUUACAUCUAGUUGUAUGGUGUUGUUGCUAACAUUUUAUGAAAACAUGAUCAGGAAAAAUUGUCAGUUCAAUAAGAAGUUCAAGGAUAUCAUUUCCAAUUGAGAUGAAAGAUUGAACGAAUCCAGAGAAAAUGUGCAGUCUAGGAAAUUUGAAUUUUUCAUCUACAGUAGGUGUUAUGUGCUGUUUGUCAAAAUCCAGGCUGGGAUCCUUUAAUUUAUUGCGCUUUUUAUUAGAUGACUUUGUUAUAUCAAAUUACUCAGAAAGAGAUAAACGAGAAGAGAUAUUUAUUAGCUUGAGUUUAUAAUUUCUUAAAUGUUCCCAUUGUUGGUUGUUGUAAAUCAUAUACAGGGACUAACGCAAAUCAAACAUUGAAUUGAUUUAUAUAGUCGUUAGAUUAUUGUUCUAAAAUAUGACAUCAUCGUUUUCAUGAUCUUAUAGUUUACGAUAUGAUGUUAUUAUUUUAUGACAUUCUUUAGACACAACGAAUUUCUCUUUUCACUAGAAACCUUUCGCCCAUUGACGAUCUAGACGACACUGAUUGGUUCAGAUUUAGCCAAUCGGUGUGCCAUCUUUCCGUCUGCAUCAUUGUAUAAAAAAUGUUUGUCUUUGCUUUUGGUCUCAUACGUUAGAAAAGACAAAGUUGGGGAACGUUGAAGACGACAUUUAGAAAACGUGAUGGAAAUUAGCAGUUCUUGCACGUAUGUUAUUCCAAAUCCACAGUUUUCAUUCUGCCAUUUGCUAGCAUUUCCAACAUUCUGUUUACCAUGCCUCUUGUGAUGCCAGAAACGGUUUUCUAAGGCUUAACAACGGAUUCGGCAGGUUGGUGAAAAUCAUACCUCUGAAGCAAUAAUAAAGGUACAAGAAAUUUUCGUGGAAAGAAAUUUCCAGCUAAACACAAAUCCCAUGACAUAGUAAAAUGUGUAAAUAGGUGACGAUUCAAGCUAAUGGUCGCAGUGCUUGAUUGGCCGAAUUGCAAUGCAGUAGCCAUGUAUGCUUAGGCUGCCAUUGGUAAAAUACUUCACAGCUGCAUGCUCUUGCUCAGCUUGCUAGAAAUGCUAUUUUGUCUGACACUCUUCAGAGCAUAAAACGCCAGAACUUAGAUAAAAAAACUAAAAAGCUAUGAAAUAUAUAUACCCAGUUGUGGAUCGAAAUAGGCAAGUCAUAAACGCGAGCACAUGAAUGUAAAGGCUGUCCAAUCAGUGCCGCUUGCCUAUUGAAAAUGUUACCAAUGGAGUCCUAAGGUGAAAACGAACCCCUUCGUGUUUAUGUAGAUAGAUAAAAACUGCUAGGAUGAACGACGAUCGGGCUCUACCAACAAUACGAAACAUGUCGCCACUAUAGUUUUUGCACAAUCUGGGUUUUCCAGUAAAUGCUACCCGAUAACAGAAUCGCUUCAUUUAGUUCUUUUGGGGGAGUUUUGUUUCUAAUGAUAGAAGGGACAUGCUGUUUUACUCUAUUCCCCAAUUAAAACGGCAUUACUUCCAACUUUUGAAAUAAGUCCACUCUCUCAAAUAAGCCCCAUUUCUUUCUAGCCUCCUUUAAAAUCUAAAACAAUUAAAAAUUUUCCAGGAAUUAAGCUGCUACCCUCCUUUUUUGCACUUUUCAAAAUUCCCAUAACAUAGAUUUAGUUUUCAAAAUAAAAAUCAAGUUAUGAAUACCUGGAGA